AUGGCCAUCUACGCGGGGAGCGGCGCUGCGGCCCUCCCGCUGUCGCGGGCGGAGCAGCUCCUGCAGGGCCUGGUCGACGCGCCCGCCGCGCGCGGCCGCCGGGCUCAGGUGCCCGUCGCGCGCUUCCUUGCCCUGCUCGCGGGCGGCAGCGCUCCUGCCGCAGCCGCUCGCCCGGCCAGCUCGGCCGCCGCCGCCGCCGCGGGGCCGACGUUGGGCGGCCCGGACCUGGACCGGCCCGAAUGGCGGGCCGCUUCCCACAAGGAACGCGAGCGCGCGCUGCAGAAGCGCUCGGGGCCCGCGGACAGGCUGCGCAGGAUGGUGCUGGCGCAGCGUGCGGACUCGCUGGGGGAGGAGGAACAGCGGCUUCUCCUGCAGCUGCGGGAGACGCUCUUCGAGCGGCGCUCCAACAUGGCGCGCAUGUUCAGGAGUGUUGACCUGAACAACGACGGGGCGGUCACUUUAGAGGAGUUCCUGCACGCCCUCGAGGGCUCCGGCGUGGCGACUGGUCAUGAGCUGGAUCGCGCCCACAAUUUCGUCACGGAGGAGGAGGCGGCGCGCAUGAUGGCGUUCUUCGACCGAGACGGCCAGGGGCUGCUCCGCUACAACGAGUUCAUCCGCCUGCUGCAAGGGAACCUGGAGCGGCCCCCGCCGGGCGGCUGGCGCCCCUCGCGGCAGGCCUUCGCGGAGACGUAG